GCGGAGGGGAGGGGGAGGAGGCGGACCCAUCAUGGCGUCGAUGCAGAAACGAUUACAAAAAGAACUAUUGGCAUUUCAAAAUGAUCCACCUCCAGGAAUGACUCUAGAUGAAAAGAGUGUACAAAAUUCAAUUACACAGUGGAUUGUAGACAUGGAAGGUGCUCCAGGAACACUCUAUGAAGGGGAAAAAUUUCAGCUUUUAUUUAAGUUUAGUAGUCGGUAUCCAUUUGAUUCGCCUCAGGUCAUGUUUACUGGAGACAAUAUCCCUGUUCAUCCUCAUGUUUAUAGCAAUGGUCAUAUCUGUUUAUCCAUUCUAACGGAAGACUGGUCUCCAGCCCUCUCAGUGCAAUCUGUUUGUCUUAGCAUUAUUAGCAUGCUUUCCAGCUGCAAAGAAAAGAGACGACCUCCAGAUAACUCAUUUUAUGUAAGAACAUGUAACAAGAAUCCAAAGAAAACAAAAUGGUGGUAUCAUGAUGACACAUGUUGAUGCCACCAUUUUGUGAUCCUCGUAGCAGAAGAUAGUCCUACUGAGAAAAUGAGCACUUUGAUCAUUCAGUCUUUGAACUUUAACCUUUGACUGGAAGUGACCUAUAGGCAAUGAAGACUACUUCCUUUGACUGCAUUUUUACUAGUGUGCAUUCUGGGCGCAUGUUGAUCGCUGGUUCAGUCCAUGCAACUGACAUGCUUUUAUUAGUCAUACAGUAUUAAUGCAGGUGUCCAGAAAUGUCAGAGUAAUUCCAUUAUUUUUAUUUUAAGUUUUGGAAGAAUUCCAGGUCUUCAUAUAUUGUGCAAUAACACUGAGCUCCUUGGCGGUUUUGGUGCAUCCAUUGCCGGCAAUGGACAUUGUACCAGGGAAAGGUUUAGCUCCUGCCACAAAAAAGAUUGACACAUGACUGAGCUUAUGAAAGUUUUGGAUAUAUUUGGAAUAUAAGCAAGGGAUUGACAAUUACCUGAAAUCCAGCCCAUUCUUUUAUAUUUGGAUUCUAUGCACUGUGACCACAAACCUAGCAGCAUGAGUUAACAUGCCUAUCUGAAGGACUGUAAUAAGAUCAUUAUGUAUUUAUUAAAUUGUUUAUCUGCUGUCAAAUUGUUUUGACAUGGGCGGCUUUCCAAGUGACAUUGGCAGAGAGGUACAAUGUUAUCCCUAUGGUGAAAUAAAACUACUUUUUGUAUAUAGUUAUUCAUAUCUCUGAAGCAAAGGUAUGAGUAAUUUAGGAUAUGAAUGAUUUAAACAAGAAUUUAUUUUGAAGAUAGAGGAUGGCAGUGAUAUAACUGAACUUGCUGCAGUCCUUAACUGGGCUUGUAAUUUGUACUUUAGAGCUUUUUCCAAAUAGAUUGCACACUGUUAUUUCCUGCUAGCCAUCAGCAUGAGCCCUACUGCCUACACCAAUAUUUCAUUUAUUUAUGUGUUUGAAAGCAAUCCAUAUAACAUUUUUUGUUUGUAUUCACUGUUUCUUUUGUGUUGUAUGUCAUGUUUGAAUGUUACAAAACAAUAUUUUGAUUGAAAAGCUUUGUCAGAAGAUAUUUUCAUGUAAAUUAUUUCUUUACCUUGUAAGCAUCAUCUUGUCUUUUAAUCCUGUAUUAUAAAAAGAAAAAAAAAAUACAUUUUUGACAGAGGCUUAAAGUUUUCACAAAAAAGUGUGGACCUUCUUAUUUAAGUUUAGACUAAAGUAUAUUUUCUUAACUUGCUUGUCCCAUGUAGCCAUGCCAAUUUUUCCAGGCUUUUCUUCACCAAAAAAGGGGGGGAAAGCCUAAAAUCAGACAUUUUUCUGUGGAGCAACAUUUACUGAAAUGACAGUUGUUCUCAGCACUCUGUAAUAUUUUGAUACUGCAAUUAGGUUCUCUUUUUAGGAAGCACUUUUAUAAACUAAAUACCUUUACACAUAUGCAAAAUUUCUAUAAGUUUUUUUUUACUGUUGCCUUAUUGUUGCACUCAAAAAAAUUCAAGCAGUUAAUGCAUGAAUGUCUAAAUAGCUUGAUGUAAAAAAAAUAAAAGCAAAAAAAAAUCCCUAAACCAAAUCCACAAUGACUAACUACAAUAAAAAACAGAAAAUUGGCUGAAAAGACUGAUUUUUUUUUUAAUCUGCUGUAUGAUAACUAAUGUUUUAUAGCCUUGUACAUACUUCCCUGUUACCUGUUGUUUAAAACACUUUAAAAAAAGUAUAGAUGCUUAACUCAGGGUAGAUAGAGUUUAGAUGGAUUUGCUUCAGAGAAGUAUUUUGUACAGCAUCAGAACUGUAGAUACUGGGAGUGAAAUGAGGCUACAAUAUACUUCAGGAACUGCUUUUUGUUUUCCUACUGUACUGAAAAUAUCUCUUGGCCUUUAAAACUCAAUGGUAAAAUCUAGCUUUGGAUAUAAUUUUGAUGUGUGUAUAUAUUUUCACAAUGAGCCUUGGAAACACUGAUUUAAUUUUCUAUAAGAGCCAAAAAAAUUGUUUUAAACAAAAGAAAUACUUACACUCUAAACUUCUUGUUUAGCAAAGUUUUAUUGUUGUGAGGUCAUCAAACUGGUUAGUUUUGGAAAUGGUUCAUAUGAACGAGCAGUAGUCUGAUACUUAAUCUCUAUAGUCUUGUUCACUGCUCUGUAUGAAUUUAAACAGUUGAGAAAUUAAUGUAUGACUGGUUCAUAUAUUGGAUCCUAUCCAAAUAGUCCACAGGAAAGAAACCUUAAUGUGACCAGGUAAUUUCUGAAGAAAUGGCUUAAGUACAUUGCAGAUUCAGUUAUCUAUUCAUAUAGUGGCUUGGGAAACUACAAUACAUGGUUUCAGAGAAGCUUCAUGACAUACCAUAUGUAUUUUGUUGAAGAUGGGUGUUGUAGUGCAAAGCAUUAUGAAUUUUAUUGACCUGUGCUGUCACAUGGACUAUAGUGAAAUUAAAUAACCAAAUUUAUGCUGCUCUUUAAUAAACCCCCACCCCCUAUAAUAUACUUAGAUCAAGAAAAUGUAAGGUAGAUUAGAAGAGAAUGUACCUCAGGUCUUAUAGUUUACAGUAGAAAUGCCUCAUUGGUUCCCUUGUGUAUCUUAGGGUAAGUUCACCUAUAUAGAGAGGGUCAAGACAAAGCUUAUAUACCACUCAAGCCCUCAAGAUAAUGCAACUAUUUGACAAUGCUAUGAUGUCCUGAAAAAGGGCUUGAAUUAGAUGGAGGUGGUGCCACCCUUUCCCAAGGGUGACCCUGUGUAUGUAGCUUUCUUUCACUUGGAGUGUCUCACAUGGAAUAGUUACAGAAUUGUCUUGAAACUAUCUUGCUUUUAUUUUGUGUCAAUAUUCAUGUUGUUAAACACUUUGUUUUGUGUUUAGUGUCUUUAUACUAUAACACAAUAAAUUCUUGUUUUAAAAUAGAUUACUACCCUUGAAUUACUACCCUUGAAAAGGUGUGGACCUUUUCAUGGUGCAGUGCAGAAGCAUAAUUCCUGACAUUCAGCCACUCUUAAGACAAAACUGCCAGUUAUUCUGAAAUGUUGUGAUGCAUAUCAGAGGAGGAAUUUGCAUAACAGCAAGGUGUUUCCUCAUUCUCCAGAGUGUAUCUGUUGUAACAGCUGAAAGAAAUAGCUAAUUAAAAAAAAUCACUAAGAUGUAAUGUUUUCAUUUCUCACAGAUGAGCAAAUAGUUAUUUUUUUUUUUUUUUUUUUUUUUUUGCUGUUUGACAAGCACUUAAAAUACUUGAGAAGUUUCAGAUGCAAGAUUCUUGUUUGCCUGCAGUGGUGGAAUAGAGUUUCUAUUAUUUCGUCAGCAUCAAUCAGAACUGUUUAAUCAAAUCUCUGCCUCGUACCAAUAACUGCUUUCAGUUUUGUACUUUUCUGCUUUGUAAAAGGCAAGGCACUGCAUACCUAAAACAUGUAUUUUAAUGAAAAAUUUAGUUUUAAAAUUUAUUACUAUAUUUUAUAUUGUGAAGAUUAUUCUAAAUGUUUGGGUUUUUAAAAUUUACUACUUUUUUUUGAAAGUCUGACAAAAACCUAAGAUGUGAACUGUAUUUAAAGGUAUGCUUUAAGGGGACCAUAAGUUUUCCAGGUCAGUAAUUAAUAAUAUUUUAAAAAGAGAGGGGGGAAAAACCUUAAUUAAAUUAAAACAUUUGCAAAAAUACAGCUAUAGAGUUUGAAGGUUUGGGGGGAGUCAGUAUAGCUUUUGCCUCCUCUAGUAGGGCAAUUGAGCAUUAUCUUGUGUUUGUAGGCUCACAAAUCCUGAUCAUUCUAAAGAGCCAGGUAUGAAUAGAUUUUCUUCUAAAACCAGUUACUUCCAAUCCAUAUCACCCAGUCCAGUUUGGAUUUACACAGUGGUACCUGAAUAGUUGGGUGUUGAACUGAAUGAGGGGAAUUAAGCUGUUUUAGUGAUAUUUCAUCUUCAGCUGCAGUCACACAACAAUAUGAGGAGAGACUUUGGAUUUGAUUCAUGUGCCAGGUACUUGUUGGCUGUUGUUUCAAGGACUAAUAAUACAUUUCCAAACCUCCUGGCUUUAAAAUACCUUUAUAAAAUUGGAGAGUAGAAAUACCAUGAGCCACCUUUUACUAUAAAAUAUAAUUCAGAAAUACAAAUUUGAACAAACUUAGUUACUGUUUUUAUUUCAUUUUACUGAUAUAGCAAUUCAGGAAAAUCUGUUCACUCUUCAUUUCUUUUUCUUCCAGAUUUUAUAUACUUUUAAAAAUAGUGUUAAAGGAAUUUUAAUCAGCUGAUUCAAUGUAGCAAAGUAUCUCUGCAGCUACUUAAAGUGAUUUUUUUAAAAUUACAAAGUAAGAGUAUUUCACAAACAUUGUAGUUCCAAAGUAAUUUCUGUCCUGAAAUAUGUAGGCAAAACCAUGUAGAUUUCAUUCAGGUAAUUAUUUUGUAUUUAAAACCAAAAAAUUAAAUGCAAAAUCAAUUGACUGUGCAGUGUAUAUAAAUAUAGAGAUUGGAUUUAUAAGCUUGUGUCCAUAGUUUCUAAUAAAAUACUUCAUAGGAGCUUUAAUGUGUGAGUCAGUGGUAGUAGGUUAGAUUGUAUUUAACUCCCUCUACUUUAUGUGCAGGCUAUGUGCAGUGUAACUUUGUCUUUUGAAGUGACAUUUUUCUCUUGACCUCUGCUGGUGAAGGAGCAGCUUACAAGAGACUCUUCUGAAUAGGAAUCCAGUGAAGAGUUGAAAAACCAUAAUGUUGCCUUCAAAGAAAGCUGUUACAAUCUGGAUUUCUGUAACACUGACCACAGUUCUUCCCUUAUGCUGGCCUGUUUUUUUGUUAUUUAAAAUCUCCAUAGUAAGACCUUAAAACUUUUGUCCUACCUUCAAGCAAUUGGGGAACCUCUUUUCUUCAAGCCCUUUGAAGUGCUUAGUGCCAAGUAGGUGAGGGUUAGGUCUGUUCAGAUGAACAUUCUGGGCCCUUUCUCUUCCCAGGACUACAAUAUUAUCUGGAUGCUGUUAAUGCAGUUCUCCAGGGUAUUUAAUCCUUAAAGAUAAAAUCAAGCAUGGUUUCUGCUAUUACCAGAGAAAGAGGAAUUUGUACUCCUUCCUUUACAGUCUAAUGAUUUACGUUCCUACCUUGCAUCUAACUUUAUUCUUGAGUCUGCACUGAGAUGAUUUAACAUGGUAAACCAGUAGGAAACCGACUUGAAAAAGUGAAAAUCUGUCUUCUCAAUUAGCAAAAUAGAUCAGCUUGCUGCAUAAGCAUAGUUUCAGAGCCAGUGCAAAAAACUGAAAGCUUUGUAUAGCUGGGGUUUGGAAGGUGGGGGAUCAAACAUGAUUUGUAUCUUUAGAAUUUUCUGCAUAAUAAAAUAUUAUAUAAAAUAUUGGCAACCUUGUGUUACACAGAAGCUGAGUUAUGUGCUAUUAGAAGCCUGAGAGCUGGAGGUCUGAACUGCCUAUUAGUCUAUGGGAGGGGACUCUCUUGUAAUUUUUUACUCUGUUUUCCAGUAAAAAAUAUGAAGUUGUUUCAAAACGUUUGAGUCAUCUGUUACCUCUCCAUUUAGAUGCCUUGAGUUUUAGUGCUCAGGAACAGGUUGGCUUUUUGUGUUUUGGUGGGUGGUUUUUUGUUGUUGUUGUUUUGUUUGUUUUGUUUGUUUUUGGUGUUUUUAAAUGUAGCAAGUCUGUAGUCAUUGUUCUGUGGGGAUAUUUUUAGUUAACUUUUUAUCAGAUCACUGUUGUCAAACCUUAAUCAAAUAUAGUUACAGAUGUGGUGAAACUGUUUCGAAAAUUACAGUUAUUUUUCCAGAAGGAAGGCAAUAAUGUUACAAAUAAAAUGUUUUUGAGAUUAGAUAAAAAGCCAGAUGUGUUUACAGUCAUCUAACACAGACAACAGUUGUGUCCCAAGUCUCAGAGGUCUCAUUUACCUAUUGUAUACUUCACAAACAGGACUCUUGCACUCUGGUAGGAGGUUUUGAAGACAGAACCACACCUUUUGCCACCUCAUCCAUUUCUCUGAAGGUUUUGUUCAAGGAAUGGAUGAAACCUAGUGGUUUUUACCUGUAUUUAUUUGUGCUGGGUCAGUGAAGAGGGUGUGACAGCUGCUACUCUGACUGAUGAUGAAGUGUGAACAUCUCUUGAGUCUCUUGUUCUCUAAACUGUCCCUAUGUCUGCAGAAAACAUUGUUAUAUAUGUUUUGCAUGCACAGAAUAAAGUACAUUUUAUUUACA